CUUCAAUCUGAAAUAAAGCAGGCAUAUCUUUUAACUGUAGCAUACCGAUGAUUUAUUUGUGCAUUUAUUUUUUAUGUUCAUUACAGUUCGCAAUGUUUAUUGGCAAGAAUCCUGGGAACAGUUUUGCUCAAAAUAACAACAGAAACACAUCCCAAUACAAAAUUGCAUUUUUGUCCCCAUUAAUAAAGGUCAAAGGGUAAACAUGGGAAGUUUACCUGAUGCUAGCGUUCUUUCUGCACAGAUUCAUAAUACCCUCAUCAGCUACCACAACAUUGGAGAGGAGGAGUGGAGAGUCGCAAAGAAAACAAAAGAUGUAACUGUAUGGAGGAAGCCAUCUGAAGAAUUCAAUGGAUUUCUUUAUAAAACUGAAGGGAUUGUGAACGAAACCCCCAACAGGAUUGUGGAUUACAUUCGCCCUGGUCCUUACCGGCUAGACUGGGACAGUUUGAUGACCUCUAUGGACAUUGUUGAAAAGUUUGACCAGGGCUGUUGUAUGAUGCGCUACACCACAGCAGGGCAGCUCUGGAACAUCAUUGCUCCAAGGGAAUUCAUUGACUUCUCCUGCACUGCAAAUUAUGAGGAUGGACUCCUGUCUUGUGGUGUAAGCAUCGAAUAUGGCGAGGCAGGGCAGAGCUGUGUCCGCGGGUUCAAUCACCCAUGUGGCUGGUUCUGUGUUCCACAGAAAGACAAUGCAGACCACAGCCUCCUGACCGGCUACAUACAGACUGAUCUCCGAGGGAUGCUGCCACAGUCCGCAGUGGAUUCUGCCAUGGCCAGCACUCUGGUUAAUUUCUACACAGACUUGAGAAAGGUGUUGAGAAUGUAGUUUGUAAUGUUCUACACUCUUUAAAGGAGCAUAACCCAUGGCAAUGCAAAACAGCUCAGGGUAGGUCAUACAAACCUAGUAGAUGUUUUUCAGUGUUUGAUAUACUGCUCUAUGGAUAUCAUUUCAUGUGUGCAUGUGUCCUGUUUGAUAGAAGCCUUUGGUUCAGACAGGUUUCUAGUAAGAUUUUAAUUGAAAAUUGAAAUGUGAUCCAUAUAUUCUUUUUGUGAAGAUUUCUAUAAUAGAAGUCAGUAUGAAGACAUAAGUUCCCUCAGACAACGCCUCCUGGUUUAAGGCCAAAGUCUGUGGAGAGAUUUCCACAUCUGCAGUUUAAAAUUCAGGACUUCUUGAUUAGUCAUCAGAAUGUAUGACGUUGUUCUAAUACUGCUGAUAAGUGAUGGUUCAAAGUAUACAUUUUGUUUUACCCACACAAAACCAUUGUGCAUUCUGUUUAUCCAUUUCAAUAGUAUUUUUUUUUAAACAGCCUUUUCUGCAUGUAAAAAUUGGCUUGCUAGAUGUUGCAUCUAGAAUAGGAACCAGUCAUACUAAUCUCACACAUAGUUACUGUGGGUAGAGACUAUGGUUUUUACUGUUAUGGAUUCUUAGACAUUCUCUCAUAAGAACAUUUUAUUUAUAUAUAUAUAUAUAUAUAUAUAUAUAUAUAUAUAUAAAAAGGGGGUGUUAGGUAAGGAGACUACAACAGAGGGUGCAAAAUAUUUAAUGGGGCUGGCUCAGGAAAGAAAAGUAAUCAUUUGCAUUGGCGUAUUUAGAAAAUGGUUUGACAGAUUACUGAAUCUAAUAUUUAUGGUGUGCAUGCUUGUGAGUUCAGUGGUGUUUUAUUUUGUUUUCUGCACCAACUUAGUUCAGGUGUUAAAGUGCAAGUAGGAUUGUAGCACAGAUUGCAACCAAAGUGACAGAGACAAUGUUGACUUCCAAUAAUACGCACUGAUUUAACACUCCUAAUUUUCAGGUCAUGAUAAAGUGUAUGUUAGUAAAACAUGCAAGUACCUACGAUAACCCUCACUCACUCCUGUUCUGCUGUUUUGAUGCUGGGAUACUGUGGCUCACUUGCUGGAAAUACAGGUUUUAAAAUCAGAAACCCAAUAUUUUAUAUUAUUUUUGGGACAAGCCAAAAGAAAAAAAGUUAAAAAAAAAAAAGCAGAGGGAUCAAGGAAGGGCUAUUUUACUCAAGGCGAGUAGUGUUGAGUGGUGUUAGGGUUAUAGAAGCUGUGAUCACAGAUCAGAACAGGGGGGACAUGUGCAUUUACAGUAUAUUCCAGUACAUCAAAGGGCAUUAAAUGGUAAUUACUCCAAAAUGCAGAAAGCUUGAAUGUAAAGUUCAGCUUCUGCUUCCAGAACAUGAAUGCUGUAGUCAUACAGUGCUAAAAUAAUUAAAAUACUUUAUUGUGAAAAAUAAUUAUACUAAAAGACAUAUACUGAAGGGUAACAUAUGAAACCCUUUGUUCCAGAUUGUCACUUUCAACACUUUUUCUUCUUUCAAAAACCAGCAAUAAAGACAGCAUUUUCAAUUUAGGGCAGCUAUAGUACGCACACAUAAAGACUCUUAAGUUUGGUGCUAACUUUGUACUGGAGAAAGGUAUAGUUAAUCUGGUCCACAAAUGCAAUGCUGAUGAGCAUUUCUUGUAUUUAAAAUAUGUAUGUACUGUAAAGAAACAUUUCUGUAUAUGUACCCAAGCCUUGGACUUUUUAACCAGGAAAAUGUCAUUUUCAGUGUGAAAUUGUACUAAGUUUGAGUGUAUGUAUAACAUGAAACUUUUUUUCUCUUAAGUAGGUUGGUGUCUCCAUGUAUUCAAUCAGUCGUUUUCAAGUUUAAAUGCAUCAAAAAACUGAAGUCUCUAUUUUGAAGCAAGUGCAAAGGCAAAUUACUGUAACUUUAAUAGGCUAUGCUGCCACACUAACAUAAGAUUAUCCCUGCUGUACAGCUGUCUUUUUACAUUUUUAUAAUUGUUAGGCUUUUUUCCCCAAUAUUAUUUCAAUAAUUGCCCAAUGAUUUUGCAAUAUUUCGUUCUUGUUACCCGUUUGUUUAGCCCACCCAAUUUACACCUGUUGUCCUCUUAAUUAGUGAUAUGCUACAAACAAACCAGUUUUUUCAUUGCUGUUUUUAUAUUGCAAACUUGAACUGUUAAACCUUCGCACGACAUCCGAUGGUUUAAAAAAAUCAUUUUAAAAGCACAAUUAAUAUUCUCUGCUAUGACCCGCUGGCUGCUAAUAUGGUGUUCUUGAGCACACACAUUUUUUACAGCAUUGUGGUAAAAUGUGAUAGGAGUUUGGGCAUUCAAAGUUUUACUGCAGGUUUAGUUAGGCCUGCCUAGACCAUGUCCAAUUUACUGGUAGUUCAGGUGGGCCUAAUAAGCCUCAGUGUUAAACCUGGCACAAAGACAUUGCAAUGGGAGUGUUACUGCCAUCCUGUGUUUGUUUUGUUGAUUGAUUUAUUUAUAUGUACAAAUUAUUAUUCAAGAUUUGUUUUGUUUUUUUUGUACAGAAACAACACCAGUCUGACCUGGUCAUGCAGGUUGUUUAUCGGCCAAAAAAGAUGUACCGAUAGCUUCAAUAAAGGGACGCUUUACAUAUAAUACCUAUGUUAAUUCAAUGAAAAAGUAAUUUUAAUAUUCUGGAAAAAACUGACUGGAAGGAAUGGGGUUAAAUCCUACCCCAGCCAACAAUCACAGGUGUGCAUGCUAACUGGGGAGUGGCCGGCCAUCUGCCUAUGUUGUAUUGUUUGUGUAACCCUUUUCUUUUGGCCCUUGUUCCCUGUUUAUUUUAUUCCUGUUUUGUGUUUAAUAAAUGUGCGCUUGCACUUUAGACUGCAGCUUCUGUCUCCGAGUCUCUAAUUCCUGCUGGUAACAGCUCGGGCCACAGUGCUGUCCUGUCACACUGACAUCUUCUGCUGCCAACCACUCACAUUUAAUCUGUUACUCAUUAAAUCUUAGUCAUUUAAAACUCUAUUGCAUAGCAAUUUGAACCAUUACAGCUUUUUCUAGAGCAGUUUGGGCUACGUGGACUUUUCCGUACAGUACAGGCUUUGCAAAAUCUGGAAUUGUUGAAUGUAACUGGAGGUUGGUCCUAAAAUGUACAUUUUCCUGUGCAGUUUACACUAUAUCUUUAAGUCAAAGUUUAACCCUAAGCUUAAGGCUUGUGCAUCUUUCCAUUUUUACAUCCAAUGUAAAAACAGAAGUAAACACUGCUUAUAGACCUCAUAACAUUUGUAACAAUAAAUACUUUAUGUGUUUUCAUUCCAGUGUAAUACUUGCUUUUGAAAGUUUUGACUGUUAAAACAUACCUUUUUAUUAUAUAUAAAUAAUUAAAAUACAGUGCAUUAUAUAAAGACAGUCUCAGGGAUUUGUUGUAUAAGUGUUCCCCAUGCAAAACAGUGCCCCCAGCGUUAAAGACAUGCACAGAGUCUUGUUUGAGUCGCUUUAUGGAAAUCAAAGUGGUCGGUCAAAGACGAGAAAAUGCAAUUACACCCCGACCAUGGCAUUACCUGAAGACUAUAGGAAUAAAGAAUAAACAAACAUACCAGCAAAUAAGUUGCGCAGAACACAAGGCUAGCUCUUCACCCAUUUACCAGGUUGGUUGUUAAUAUUAUGCAUUUAAAAAAAAGCUGCCUGAAUUUUGUGACAUUCAGCCCAUUAGCCAUAAUAAAUACAGGUAUAUCAUAAAAUAUAUAUAUAUACAAGUUGAGGAACAGCAGAGUGGUACAUUUUUAAAAAGACCCAGAAUAAAAGCAGUGCAGUCCAUUGAAGCAAAUGUAUUUGCCAUGAUUGCUAAACAUUAAAAUUAUGUUGUACUGGACCUGCAGUGCCUUGCAACUCUUAGUUCUGCAGUAAAAUAAAUGGGGGAGCUUGUUAAAAAUGGAAAAUUGGACAUAUUUGAGGUUUUCAUACAAAAUGCCUAAACAAGCUCUAAAUAUCUUGAAGUAGAACAUAACGACAAUUCCAUUUAUCUCUCCAAAUCAGCUAAAUACAAUGCUGUAGAUCAGAUCUAGUCUUUUUGUGCAAACCAUGUUUUUCACACAGCUCUUUACAGUAUCAGUGUAAUAAGCUAUUAACUAAUAUUUGUUGUCACUAAUAAAAUGUACAAACCAGUGAAGGUACAAUAAGGCAUUCUCUUUACAAGAUCAAGAAUUAGUACAAUUGCAUGGCCAUUCGGAAUAAUAAUUCAUUUUCCAUCUCCUGUAGUUAAUGGAAUGUAUUUUGCAUAUAAAUCUAACACACUACAGUUCUGUAAACAUUUUGAAAUACUAAACUACCCAAAGCAAUUUCCCAUACCGUACAACGCAUCAGCCAGCAAGAAUCAUUGAAUGCUUACUAUAUAGAGAUACAAUGCUGUCUACAAUAUAUAUAUAUAUAUAUUGUAGACAGCAUUAGUGAUGCACAAUGAAAACGCAGCAGUCUUAAGUUUUACAGCAAUAGCUCAUCGGGCACAUACAUGUUAUUUACAUUUUAAAUUGUGAGCAGAUGGGUUUGUUGAUUGUUUGAGUAGUAUUGUAACAAAAUA